AUGGCAGGCUACGACGACGACGAAGCCUACGACGCGCGAAAGCGCAAGCGAUCCCAAUCCCCGGCCAAGAAAGGCAAGAGACGUGAAGACGAGAAUGAUCAACUUCCUCAGCCCUACAAUGCGAAGGAACUCCAACCGGCCAAGAGACGAGCGGUCUCGCCUUCCGAACAGCCGCGCAAGCAGAAGAGACCCGGUGCCCGCGCUCGCAUCUCUGAAGCAGAGAGAGAAGCCAUCCGUCAAAGAGCCCUCGACCGCGAGAAGGCUUUGGAAGCCCAAGCUCAUGCCCAAGCCGAAAGCGAGCGCCAGCGCAACAUCAACGACGUCGUAACGCAGCACUACAACAGUGUCCCUGAGCGCGGUAGAGACUGGAGACGUACCGAUAGCAAGAUCAAGGGGCUUCGCGCAUUCAACAACUGGAUCAAGAGCUGCAUCAUCCAAAAGUUCUCUCCAGACGAAGAUCACACCCCUGGAUCUCGGGAGCAGGGCGUAACAACAGAAAACCAGCUCCUCGUUCUCGACAUUGGCUGUGGAAAGGGAGGUGAUCUGGGCAAGUGGCAGCAAGCGCCGCAGCCCGUUGAGCUCUACGUCGGUCUUGAUCCCGCAGACAUCAGUAUCGACCAGGCAAGAGAACGAUAUCGCCAGAUGGCAAGUCGCGGAGGCGGUGGUAGAGGCGGAAGGGGUGGGUACAGGCGGUCCUCCAGGCUGUUCGAGGCACGCUUCCAGGUCAAGGAUUGCUACGGCGAGUCUGUGGAGGACAUUGAGAUCGUUCGACAGGUCGGUUUCGACACCAACCCUCUCAGCCGUCGCGGCUUCGAUGUUGUCAGCAUGAUGUUCUGCAUGCACUACGCUUUCGAGACGGAACAGAAGGCCCGCAUGAUGCUUCGCAAUGUAGCCGGCUCGCUGAAGAAAGGAGGUCGCUUGAUCGGCUGCAUCCCCAACUCUGACGUUCUGGGCGAGCGCGUGCGAGAGUUCAAUCAAAAGGCGGAAGAGAAGAAGAAGCAGGCUGCCGAGGAGCCGCCUGCGGAUCCGGAAGAGGGCGAACUGGAGGACGGAGAAGCAGAGCAGUCUGCGGAAUGGGGUAACUCCAUCUACCGGGUACGCUUCCCUGGCAAGACCCCUGAGGAUGGUGUCUUCCGGCCUGCUUUUGGCUGGAAGUACAAUUUCUUCCUCGACGAAGCCGUCGAAGAAGUCCCCGAGUAUGUGGUGCCUUGGGAAGUUCUCAGAGCCCUCGCCGAAGAUUACAACUUGGAGUUGCAGUACCACAAGACUUUCAUGGAGAUUUGGGAGUCGGAGAAGGACGAUGAGGUGCUUGGCCCUCUCAGCGAGCGCAUGGGUGUACGGGAGCGCGGGGCUGGAAGGUUGCUGGUAUCGCCGGAGGAGAUGGAAGCUGCGAGCUUCUACACUGCGUUCUGUUUCUACAAGGUCUAG